UCUCUAGAUAUGUUCAUCUUAAGAGGAUUAUUGCAAAGGGGAAGACAAAGCACCUAUCAACAUAAUACUUAGGUCUCUCUGUGCACAUACACACAAUGCAAAUAUCCACAUACACACACAAAUACAUACGUACACACUAAUGCAGAGUGCAUUCACUUUGACUCAGUGGCUGUUAAGAUGCAGGAAUAUGAUAUAAUAGUGCUUGGAACUGGUCUCAAGGAAUGUGUCAUCUCUGGUUUGAUGUCCCAAAGUGGGAAAAAGGUUCUUCACAUUGACAGAAAUCCCUACUAUGGAGGAGAGAGCGCCUCCAUUUCUCCCCUUGAAGAGCUGUACAGGAAGUUCAAGCUUCCAGGUCCUACGGCCAUGGGCCUCGGGAAAGAGUGGAACAUUGACCUCAUCCCCAAAUUCUUUCUGGGCAAUGGUCAACUGGUGAAAAUCUUGGUGCACACUGAGGUCACUCGCUAUGUGGACUUCAAGGUUGUUGAAGGCAGCUUUAUAUACAAAGCAGGAAAAGUGCACAAAGUCCCCGCCAAUGAGGAAGAUGCCCAAGCUUCAGACCUGAUGGGCAUGUUCGACAAGAGAAGGUUCAGGAAGCUGCUCCUCUUCGCCCUCAACUUUGACGAGAGAAAACCUCGCACCUACCAAGAUAUGAACCCAAACAAAAUGACCACACGGGACCUUUUCUGCCGCUUCGACCUGGGAGUAGAUGUGAUGGAGUUCACGGGUCACGCCAUUGCCUUACAAAGCAGUGACAGUUACCUGGACCAGCCCUGUGUGGAGACCAUCAGACGGAUCCGGUUGUACUCCGAGUCCCUGUCUCGUCACAAAACCAGUCCAUACCUCUACCCAGUGUACGGGCUGGGAGAGCUGCCUCAGGGAUUCGCCAGACUGAGCGCAGAGUACGGAGGAACUUUCCUGUUGAACAGACCAGUGGAUGAGAUUGUGAUGGACAACGGCAAAGUAAAAGCUGUGAAAUCCGAGGGGAAGCUGUUCCACUGUAAACAGCUGAUCUGUGAUCCCAGCUAUGUUCCCACCCGGGUGAGGAAAGUGGGUCGUGUCAUACGUGUCAUCUGUUUAUUAAAUCAUCCAGUUAAAAACACCCAAGAGGCCAAUUCAUGUCAAAUCAUCAUCCCGCAAGCUCAACUCAACAGGAAAUCAGAUGUUUACAUAUCUGUGGUGUCCUUCACCCACAAUGUGGCUUCAGAUGGGAUGUACAUCGCCACAGUGAGCACGACCUCAGAGACCAGCAACCCAGAGGGGGAGGUGCAGCCCGGCCUGGAUCUUCUCGAGCCCAUCAUGCAAAAAUUUGUGUCAAUCAGAAACCUGCUGGUUCCCAACGAAGAUGGAAAGAAUAGUCAGAUAUUUGUGUCCCGCUCACCUGAUGCAACAAACCACUUUGAGACUGAAAGUGAAGACAUCGCAGAUCUGUACCGACGCAUCACAGGAGCAGAGCUCUGCAUCGGAGGAUCACAGAGACACCAGUCUCAAACCUCUGACGACAUGGACUGACAGAGACAGAGCAGAGGCCAGAGGGUUUUCAGUAGCAUGUAGACUGGAUCGUUUGUGGGAUUCAAAUGUGGUGUGUCUUUUUUAUCUUAUUUGUUUGGUGUAAAAUCGACCUUUUGUCAAAAUCUGUUAAAUAAUACAAUGUUGACAAAAAGUUUGGAAUUUUUUAUUUGUCUAUUAUUUUGAGGUCACAUUCUUGGGAAUUAGUGUUUUUGUUGCUGUACGGCAGUAUGUAACCAUCACUAGAAUUGUCUGCAUAGGAUUUAUUCUUCACUAAAUUAUGAGUACAGUGGAUAAUCUUUCAGAUAUUCCCAUCAAACCAACACAUCCUUUCUUCUCGUGCAUGGUCCAGGCAUCAGUUUGACAGGAAAUUGCGUUUUGUUUUAGAGGAAAGCACUGUCACCUCAAUGUGACAAGGUUCUUUGUUUGAAUCCUGGUUAAGCUGAACCAAGGUGUGGAUUUUGUCUGGGUUUUGUUUUCAAAGACAUACAGAGGAAUAAGGUUACUUGGAUGUGUCCAAGAGGACUCUACAUACCCCACUGUCUAAGUGCCCCUGAGCAAGGCACCUUACUCCCCCAACAACUGCUCCCUGGGCUCCGUCCACAGCUGCCCACUGCUCUUUGUGUUCACUGUGUGUGUUCACUGUGUGUGUUCACACGGAUGAGUCAAAAGCAGAGGACACAUUUCCCCCAUUUUGCAUGUAGUCUGUCUGUGCAUGUGUUUGGGACCAAUAAAGGAAUCUUUGAAUCUUGAA